AACAGCGUAACUAUUAAGAUUUCGUAAAAAUUAUUUUUCAAAACUCAUCAACCGGUGGUGGCAGUGCGCCAUUGUGAAAUUUGCCAUUGAAAAUUCGAGUUUGUAGUCAAAAAAAUACCCUUCGGUAAUUACUAGGUGUUUGAAACUUGUUAUGGAGAUCUCAAAGUGCUUUUUUCUAUAGUUUUAUCGUUUGUAUAUUAUUAAAUACGUCAGAGUAGUGGGUAGAUCGCCUAUAAUGACGGGAGCUGAAGACUAUCUCAAAGAAAUUAUUAGACUGCAACUGAAGAAGCCCAGAAAUUGGAAUUGGGAACUGUCAACUUCGAGAUCUUCGCCACAUAUUAGUUUACCAACGAUUCAGCUUUAUAACUCUAAAGGGAAACUUCUUGUUGAAACCAAAGAUGAUGGUUCCAGUUCAAGACAAAGUUGGAAAAGCUCGGAUACUAAAGCUGAUAGAACUCAAAUACAUAUACAAAAAUGCAGAAGGAGAAUCUUGAACAGAAACUGGCAAAAAUCAGUGAGUUUGAAUCAAAUCGUUUAAAAAACAAGUAUGUCAAAAGAUGUCGCAGCGAUACUUUAACUGAUUCAGUACUACCUAGUAGAAGAAAAAAUAGGUCUAGUGAAGCUGUAAUUAGUAGUGGCAGAAGUAGAAACAAAGAUAAAGGAGUCUUAGGUGAGGUACCUGUUGACAGGCCGUCAACACAAAGAACACUAAAUGAGAGACUCAGAGAUAUAGAGCAAAGAAGACUGUACGGACUGCAAAAGUCAAAAAGCGAUGUAAUAGACAUUCAAGUUAAAUCAAAACCAUCUCAACACGUUCAAAGACCUUACCACCGAAGAACUGGUAGUGACGAUUUAUUCCAGAAGUCCUGGCACAAAUACAACUUAAAAGAAAGCCUGAAAAGAGCAGAAAGAGAUGGUUACAAAAAUUUUCUGGAUACCACGCCUUACCGGGCAUGUUCCGUGGAUAGAUCUAGCGAUAGAAACAGAAAAAAGCCUGUUCCGGGAUAUCUGGAAACAGCUGAGACAGUUUUUUGCAACAACAAACCUCAAAAUUUCGAGAUCAAGGACGUAGAAAAACCAAAAAGGUACAGACUGAGACAGAGUAGAGCGGGUAUCUUGGUGAUCAGUGACGAGAGCUUCAGUUCGAGUCACAGAAAAAGGUGUCACGGUGAUCUGGGCGAUUGUAGGGAAGACAGUGGUGACGUAAUUAUAGAAGGAGAUCUGACAAGUUCCGUAGAAGAUUUGAACGAGCUAAGAAAAAGGUAUGGUUUAUAUUAAAUUAAAUGAACGGGGAAUGACAAUCAAUAAUAAUUUUGUCUAGGUCAAGCUCUAGACUUCAUUUAUUUUGCCCGUACUCUUCGUUAUUUUUUAAUGGCGUUUAUUUGAGUAAAUAUUAUUUUUAAAUGGUGUAGGUGGUUAAAAUAAAAUAAUUAUUUUUAACUUCUGGCGUUGAAAAUAAUUAUUUUUAUGUCCAUGUCAAUCAAUGUCUAAUAUAAACAUGU